AAAAAAACCUCAUUUUGAAAGUUGCUGGUUAACAUCUCGGAAAUUUCCAUUGUAGAGCUUCCUACAGCCCCACUAAACAGUUUUGCAAAACGGGCCCGCUAUCAACCGAGUUUCAAUCCCAUCGAUUUUGAAAAUCUGUAGGCUUUUCCUAUGGAGGGAACCGGGUUUCGGGACGAUUCCUCCAGAACUUUUGAUUCUGGCUCAAGCACUUGGCCCAGCCAUGGCCAUUCUCACCAUUCCCAUCAUUCCUCGUCUUCCUUUGUACCGGGCCUGUUGCUUGGUGCUCUAGGAGGGGCUUUUGGUGCAUCAUGGUGGCGAUCUAACAAUCCCGCAGUCCCUCCUCCAUCUGGAUACUUUCCACAACAUCCACAACAACCUUUAUUCCCAAACGACGGUCGAACGUAUUAUCCUGCCCCGUCUCCUGUUAGACCUCAGCCCCAGCAUCCUUACUACCCGCAAUACUCCCCCGUCCCGCCCCGUCCGUCCACGCCCCAAAAUGUGCCCUUUUUGCCAGACCCCGUCUUUGUCAUGCCUGGUCCCCCGCCGACACCGGCAAGAAAAAGGGCCUGCAGUCUAUCAUGUUGUCUAUGUAUUCUUUUGGUAAUUGCCAUUGUGAUUGCUGCUAUGCUUGUCCCAAAACCUGGAGCCCAUGACGUAAAAGUAGUGGUUGGAGACCGAAAAUUGGUGUCAGUAGAUUCGAAAUGGUUCAAGGAGGUUGAAGUGGCAGGAGCUUCGCAAGUUGAUGUUUAUCUGUUCAACCAAGUCCCGCCUCUUGACGACGUUGUUCAGAUGUCCAAGAAUAUCAGUGUCAACUUGGAGCGAGGUUCUUACCACUUUGUGAGAUAUGACGUGCACCCCGGUUCGACAGUCCAUGUAACCUGGGAUUUCAAUAGUUAUAAUGUACAUCCGACGUUUGCUAUUUUGGAAUCCGAAGCUGCAUUCCACGCGUGGAAGGCCAAUGCAUACAUUCCUCCCCAAUGGUGGCUGCAUGAUCAAAACACACCAAAGGGCACCUAUACCUUUACCGCUCCCGAUAAUUCAGAGUAUUAUUUUAUAUUUUACUCCCCCAGUCGGCGAGCGUACGCAAAAGGCUCAGCGUCCUUUCAAGUGAAGGCCAUCACCUACUCCAUCACCAAUCCAGCUGCUCAUUGUCCGGCCGGAUCGAACGAUAUCUGCUCCUUUACAUUAUUCCCAGGACGCGAAGCUGAUAUCCUGUUUGUAGCCCCAACCGACGGUGAUUCGUACACGAUGACAUACAAGACCAAACCACGAAGAGAAGCGUACGCAGCUCUGUUUGCGUCCUUGUCAAGUGCAGUUGGCGUCUGCCUUGGUGUAGCCCUUAUUGCCUGGUGUGGUCAAAAAUGCUGUGGAAUGAUUUGUGGGAGGAAAGAACGACGAGGAUAUGAACCUAUACCGGAUGGGCAGGGUGAAGAGGAACGGAGAGCAGGACAGAGCUCUUCCCGGAAUCAAGGGCCGCAUACUCCCCCGCAGAUACCUCCAUUCAACCCGGCAGUGUCGGGGAGAUACGGAGAUGGUAGACAAGAGCCAUCUGCUCCUCCGCCGUACUCUGUUAUGGAUCCCAAUGUGUUAUAAGAGGCUUACAUAGUAGAGAACCGAGUUAUGUAUACUAGCAUUGAGUAUGGUGCAUAUUUUUAGGAUAUUGUUUGCGAUGAAGUAAUAGAUUAUGCUACUGAGCUGGAAAAUUACUGCCUGCACAGAACCAUAGUUUCUUUCGGUAAAGUUGGGCCACUUGUUGAUGAUCAAAAAAAAAGACCGACUAUAUAUACAGUCUAUCACAUUCACUAUGAAC